UGGAAGAAUUCCAGGAAAGAGAUAGCAGAUGGGCAUACUCUCGUGCAUACUCGAUCUGACCGUUAACGUUAACAAGUACAAAUCGAUGUGUGCGGGAUGCCGUAUCGAAUUACCGCGCAAAAUAAAAAUGAAGCGGACUGUAAUCAACGUGCAAUCUAUGGACAAUGCACGUUUCGCGUGGGCGGUGGUUGCAGCGUUAUGUCCAGCUGACAAACACGCAAAUCGUCAAUCUUCGUACCCACACUAUACAUCGAUAUUGAAUAUGCACGACAUUGAAUUUCCAAUGCGCAUAAACCAAAUUAAAAAGUUUGAACGGUUGAACGAUAUUUCGAUUAACAUUCAUAGUAUGGAGAAAAGAUAUGACAACGCAGCAAAGAAAGAAGAAAACGUGGUCGUGCCCAUACGUCUCACGGAACAGAAAAUGGAGAAACAUGUCAACCUGCUGCAUAUCCCAAAUCCGCAAGCAUGUGACAACACUGGACACUUCGCGUGGAUCAAGAAUUUGUCCCGACUCGUCAGCUCAAAGCUGAGCAAAAAGGAACACAAAAAACAUAUUUGCGACCGGUAAUUAUA